AUCCCAACAGGCUAGCGGCGCGCAGCUAGCUAGCUAGCAUCGAGCCUUCGGAGUGUCCAGAAAACGACGUGACAUUGUUGAUCUCGGCCCGCGACAGAAGGCAAGAAGGUGUCAAACACAUACACAAUACAUCUGUCGUUCUUUUCGCGUGAAAACCGGCGUGGACGCGGUCGCUUCGUAGAGCGAACUGGAAUGAAGCGUUUUUUUGCUCUGAAGUGAACUAACGUUACAUAGCUAAUAAUGCUGUUGCCUGCUUCUUAAUUCCAGCUGUGCUGAUGCCUUGCUAUCCUAUUUUGUUUAUUAUUUGUCAUAUCCAGCUAGCUGUUUUAACAUGACCCUGUACCGGUAUAUGCCUUCGCUAUUUGUUCUACAACCUGAAUAUUUAUAUCAAAGCGAUGUUGUUGGGAGCGUUUCUAUGGAGUACGUUUUUGCAGGUCCAUUACUAGCUGCCCAGCCGAAGUCGCUGUCUCCUGCCAAGCAUUUACAAGCAAACCGCUGUGUUGCAGCCAGAGCAAGUGGACCUUACAUGGCCGUCCAUACCAACACUGAACAAACGAGCAUGUGACUUGAGUAGCAGGGUCUGCACCACAUGAUCUGGACUAGUGGAGGAAGCCUAAAUCAAUCAGUGCAACAACCCGAGGUUGAUUCCUAAUUGGCUAUCGGUCCAUUUCACGUUCCAAUCACGGAUUGACUCAAUCGACUUCGUGUUGACCACACACGCGCGACAUCCCUUCUUCGCAGUGAUUAACCGCGAGCAGCCAUGUCAACCAAAACGUCCCUGCUGAAAGUUAUCCUCCUGGGCGACGGCGGCGUGGGAAAGAGCUCCAUCAUGAACCGCUACGUCACUAACAAGUUCGACGCGCACCUUUUCCACACCAUCGGUGUGGAGUUCCUCAACAAGGACCUGGAGGUGGACGGCCACCAGGUCACCUUGCAAAUCUGGGACACUGCCGGCCAGGAACGCUUUCGCAGCCUGAGGACUCCUUUCUACCGAGGCUCCGACUGCUGUUUGCUCACCUUCAGCGUCGACGACAACCAGAGCUUCCUCAACUUGGGAAACUGGAAGAAGGAGUUCAUCUACUACGCGGAUGUCAAGGAGCCGGAGAAGUUCCCUUUUGUGGUGCUGGGCAACAAACUGGAUGUGAGCGAGAGACAGGUGUCCUCCGAGGAGGCCCGGCAAUGGUGCCAGGAGAACGGCGACCAUCCGUAUUUCGAGACCAGCGCCAAGGACGCCACAAACGUAGCGGUGGCCUUCGAGGAGGCGGUCCGCAGGGUUUUGGCGACGGAUGAGCGAACGGACCACUUCAUCCCCACGGACACUGUCAAGCUCCACAGAAAGCCUCGUUCUGCCGCCACCUGCUGCUCAUAAUGUCUAAGUGGCUGUCCGCAAUGUUUAUAAAUAAUGCUGUUUAAACAACAAGGCUGCAUUAACACCUUAUUGAAACUUAUAACAUAUUUGAUUUGUGCUAUCAGGGUUUGCUUACAGAUGGGGUCAGUUUAAUAGUGGAAGCACUAAUUGUGUCUUACCAUAAAUAAACAUGAAAGCACUGAAUUCUUCACUCAGUUCAAAGGUCACAUUUUAAGAAUGAUUUAAGUGCAUUUCAUAUGAGCUUUGUGUGGGUACCUAAAAACAUGCCAAUCUGUAGAUGAGUGCAAUUAUGUGAUGAUCAUGUUAAUGUUUAUCAAUUUGCAUUUUCCUAUUGUUUAGGCAUAUGUUACUAACAAAUCAAUUGCUUUUUGACACCGUUUGCACACGUUUUAGCCAUGUAAGUUGAUUAUUAAGUUCUCAAAGCCCAGAUGCUCCCUAAUUGAGAAACAAAACUGGAAACUUGUUUCACUUUAUUUAAUCACACAUACCAUAAAUGAAGAGAGGAGGGAAUUAGUGGUGAAAUUUUGGCGAUUGAGAAACACCAGGGGUUUGGUUUGGUUGGUUUUGGGGGGUUGUCUUAAACAUCGAGCCUGAUGUUAACAUUUUUUACUUUCAGUUGAAGGUCUUUUGUUUUUCAAAAUGAAAUGAAAUACUCAUUUGCAUCUCCUGUUUGUUAUUCAUAUGCCAACCAACCAAUAAAGUGUCGAGGACUCUGUUUACUUUUA